UCCUGGGCAAUUCAGUGCGCGCGCCCUCAAGUCCAGCUUCAGCAGCAGCACGCGCACCUCAGGCGACAGGAUCGCGCAUCUGCAGAGACCGACACGUUUCUAAAUAACACCGGAAUAACGCCAUGAGAUUACAUCGUCUUUGAUGGAGGUGAUGUUUUGGUAGGAACCUCUAUCGUAAGAUGCUGUGGUGUUGUGCGAGGAUCCUGAACACCACAAUGAAGCUGCUAUUUUUGGUGGCACUCUUAUGGCGCGGGGCAUUGUGCGGAUCUCCGAGCGUCCAGAUUGGUGGUUUAUUUCCCAGAGGCGCAGAUCAGGAGUACAGUGCAUUCCGAGUUGGCAUGGUUCAGUUUGGGAUGGCAGAUUUCAGGCUAACUCCACACAUAGAUAACCUGGAGGUGGCCAACAGCUUUGCUGUUACUAACUGCUUUUGUUCCCAGUUCUCUCGGGGUGUCUAUGCCAUUUUUGGCUUCUAUGACAAGAAAUCGGUCAACACCAUCACAUCCUUUUGUGAGACACUUCAUGUCUCCUUCAUUACACCUUCUUUCCCAGCAGAAGGAAUGAAUCAGUUUGUUCUCCAAAUGAGGCCGGACAUCAAGGGGCCACUAGUUUCAUUAGUGGAAUACUACAAAUGGGAAAAGUUUGCCUAUCUGUAUGACAGUGAUCGAGGUCUUUCGACUCUUCAGGUAAUACUGGACACUGCAGCAGAGAAAAAAUGGGUCGUCACUGCAAUAAAUGUAGGAAACCUGAAAGAUGAGAGAAAGGAUGAAGCCUACCGGUCCCUGUUUCAGGACCUGGAGAUCCGUAAGGAACGACGCAUCAUACUGGACUGCGAACAAGAUAAAGUGAAAGACAUCAUGGAGCAGGUGAUCACUAUAGGCAGGCACGUGAAAGGAUAUCACUAUAUCAUCGCAAACUUGGGUUUUGUGGAUGGUGACCUCUCUAAAAUCCAGUAUGGAGGUGCAAAUGUGUCUGGCUUUCAGAUUGUAGAUUUUGAUGAUCCUGUGGUGGCAAAGUUUGAUCAGCGAUGGGAGGCUUUGGAAGAAAAGGAGUAUCCUGGAGCUGAUAUAAGGAUUAGAUAUACUUCAGCCCUCACCUAUGAUGCAGUCCAUGUGAUGACUGAGGCAUUCCGAUUCCUGCACAAGCAAAGAAUAGAUAUAAGUCGUCGUGGCAACAGUGGGGACUGUCUAGCUAAUCCAGCAGUGCCCUGGGCGCAAGGGGUGGAAAUUGAGCGUGCCCUCAAACAGGUGCAUGUAGAUGGUUUAACAGGGAAUAUACAGUUUGACCAGUACGGGAAAAGGAUCAACUAUUCGGUGACAAUCAUGGAGCUUAGGAACAAUGGACCUGUUAAGAUUGGGUAUUGGAAUGAGGUGGAUAAGAUGGUUCUGACAAAGUCAGACCUUUACCCAAAUGACACAAUGGGAAUGGAAAAUAAGACUGUCAUCGUUACAACGAUACUGGAAGCACCGUAUGUGAUGCUAAAGAAGAAUGCUGAAUUGUUUCAAGACAAUGACCGUUAUGAAGCCAAGUCAGGGCUUCUGGCCUUCUUAGUCUGGUCCUUCUGGAUUUCCGCCAACCCCUUCGUGGUUAUUGCUGUGGUUCUGGAAUCCUCUCGAGUAUUCUACAGGUACUUUCUCCUUCAGUCCAGAGAUAUGGAUAAAGCAGAUAUAGCUAUUGCUCCCCUGACAAUCACUCUUGUCCGUGAAGAGGUGAUAGAUUUCUCCAAACCCUUCAUGUCUUUGGGAAUCUCCAUCAUGAUUAAAAAGCCGCAAAAAUCCAAACCAGGUGUUUUCUCCUUUCUGGACCCACUGGCCUAUGAAAUCUGGAUGUGCAUUGUCUUUGCCUACAUAGGAGUUAGUGUUGUUCUCUUUCUGGUAUCCAGGUUCAGCCCUUAUGAAUGGACGCUUGAGGAGCCAGAAGAUGGAGCCUUGCCAUUAACCACUGAAUCCACCAAUGAGUUUGGGAUCUUUAAUUCUCUUUGGUUUUCUUUGGGUGCUUUCAUGCGGCAGGGUUGUGACAUCUCACCAAGGUCUCUUUCAGGACGUAUAGUUGGUGGGGUGUGGUGGUUUUUCACUCUGAUCAUUAUCUCAUCAUACACUGCUAACCUGGCUGCCUUCCUCACGGUGGAGAGGAUGGUGUCUCCCAUUGAGAGUGCUGAAGAUUUGGCUAAGCAGACGGAGAUAGCAUAUGGAACACUGGACUCUGGAUCCACCAAGGAGUUUUUCAGGCGUUCUAAAAUCGCCUUGUUUGACAAGAUGUGGCAGCACAUGAAAAACGCAGAACCUUCAGUUUUUGUCAAGAAAACAUCAGAGGGUGUCCAGCGUGUCAGGAAAUCCAAGGGAAAGUACGCUUACCUGCUGGAGUCCACCAUGAAUGAGUACAUCGAGCAGAGGAAACCCUGUGACACAAUGAAAGUUGGAGGAAACCUGGACUCAAAAGGCUAUGGCAUCGCCACACCAAAAGGAUCCCCAUUAAGAAAUGCGGUGAACCUGGCGGUGUUAAAGUUGAACGAGCAGGGGCUGCUGGACAAACUGAAAAACAAGUGGUGGUAUGACAAGGGAGAAUGCGGCAGCGGAGGAGGGGAGAGCAAGGAGAAGACCAGCGCACUCUCUCUUAGUAAUGUAGCAGGAGUCUUCUACAUCCUGGUUGGAGGUCUGGGAUUAGCCAUGAUGGUGGCACUGGUCGAGUUUUGCUACAAGAGUCGUGCAGAAGCCAAAAAAAUGAAGGUGGCAGCCAACACCUUGUCAUCACCCCAGCACACAGGAAACUACACACACACUCUGCCUUCUCCUCAACAUCCCCCCAACUACAACCUGCUGUCCCCCAGCCACCAGCCAAACUACGCCACCUAUAAAGAAGGCUACAACGUUUACGGCAUUGAGAGCGUCAAGAUCUAACACGGAUGAAAUUCACGGAUGCAAUGCGCUCCAAAGCCCGUCUGUCUAUCACAGGAUCGACCAGCG